AUGUCUUACACGAGCUAUUCACCCAACGAGUACGCCUUAUGGCUCUCUCAGCAGUUCCAACGGGGAAAUCUUCACCCUUACUGGGCAACGCUGGGGCAACUCCCUUUGCCCCAGUACCCACUGCCAGUGCCUCUCAACAGCAGAUCAGCCAGCGAGCCUCCCACUCACCAGAGUCAAAUCCCGACUGCAGGUUUCCAGAUCAUUACCACCGACACCUAUCCUACAGGAUCCAUGGCAAUGCCUUAUCCGACAACCUCCUUUCCUGUGCAGGACCCUCAAGCUCCGGUCCCUCACGUUGGAACCUCAGUUCCAGCGUAUGCUAGCUUCGAGAAUAACAGGCGCGCAGCGCCUCAUGAUAACGAUACUAUCCAGAGCGGAAGUCGCCCGAGCGAGAGUCAGCAGGUGCUGCCGAUCCGGGCCGUGCAGCAGAAUCAUCUUCCAACACCUUACGAAACCCAACCGAUUGGCACCCAUUUGACAACUAUUCACCCUUCUCUCGGGGUAUGUGUCCUGGUACCCCUCGAUCAACUGAGGGCAAGUGCUCCGCCGAGUGCUCCGCCGAGUUCUCCGAACUGGUCAACCGUCAACAACGCCAGUCACAGUGUCAGAGACUACGACAGCACCCGCGUCGACCGCCUCCGCCGCCGCCACAGCCGGUCCGUCACGCCUUUCAUGAGGUCGAUGAAUCCGUCCCCCCGCAGGUCACCCACGCUGUCGCCGUACCUACCAUCUCCCUCCUCUUCAAUCGCCAUGACGCCGUCCAUCCGCCAUCGCCGGCACAACACCCCCGAGUUCGUGAGGAGCCCAGGUCGUUUUCGCGGCAUCGGAGGCUUCACCCCGCUCCGUCGAACCCAGUCUGCCGCGUCUGUGCCACGCGUCACCAGAGAGGCUUCUAUCAGCACCGUUGGAACGUGCUCGCAGUGUGGGGGUACUGUAGCUGGCGAUUCGUACGAGCCGUUCACGAAUGGAUCUAUCGUGGCGACGCCCCGAAACGUUGUCCGGGACGGAGCACUCGCCGGUCAGGGAGAGUCUUUCCGUGGGUGUGGUGAGGGUCAAGAGGCCUUAAAUGGGGGUCACGGGCGCUUUCAGGCCACUGUGGAGGAGGUUGACGAGUAA